AUGGAGAUCAUCGGAUCACUUUUACACGAGUUCCUUCACGUAUUCCUGUUACUGCACGGUUGCCUUGGGUGUAUGGAAAAUUGGGUAGAGGGAGGUGCAUCGGGACAUGGAGAAGCCUUUUUGAACACAAUGCACGCCUUAUAUACGGAGGGCAUCCGACUGUUUGGAAGGAAUAUCCUUGGGAAAGAGUCUGGGUGCAUGGUAUCUCUCGCGAUUGAAAUCGUCCACGAUGGAACACCGGAUGCGGAGAACAAUAUUCCAGACGAGAUGCUAGAUCGUUGGGACGUGUGGCGACCGCGGCUCAUCCAGGAAGUAGAGCGUCGUAGGGGAAUGGAAAGGGAUGAGGCUGUUCCAGAUCGAUGA